CGUCGGGAGAGAUAAAUGCCGACUCUGAUCCGAAAGUUCCCAACUGCAAAGUUUGAUCCUUCGGCUGACGCUGAGGGCGAAGGAACUCGGGGACCCCUCCCGCGCUGGGACUUCUGCUCCCCGCAUUUUCCAGCCCCCAGUCUCUCGCUCCAUCAAGCGAGGACCUCUGGCUGUUUCAUAAUCUUCCCCCAGCACAGAAACGAGCUGCUCGGCCCCGCAAAGAACAAGUCAACUAAGAAAAUGUGGAAGGUGCCAGUUCUGUUCUUCGUUUUGGGACGCGCAUCGCUCUGGGUCCUGGCAGAUGCCAGCACGGUCCGGCCAGAAGAUGACGUGACUACAGGUGUGGAAAAUAGCAAGACGGCCCUGGGUAUGGAUGAUUACACGACCCCAAGUGCCGGUGGAGAGCCCCAUAAGUCUGCUGGCUUGACAGCUCUGAUGCCGACAAGAGCCAAGAGCAUAACAGAGGAUCACAAAGAGGACCGGCCAACUGCGGAAAGCACAGCCCACUCCCAAGGACAAAGCCAGAGCACCACAACCCCGAAUGUGGCAACUCGUCCGGCCCCGGGGAAAACAGAUGGAGAAAAACCAACAGUUAAGAAAGGUGGCUUGUCAACAAUGACCCUGACUGGAAUCAUAGUUGGGGUCUUACUAGCCAUUGGAUUCAUUGGUGGAAUCAUCACUGUGUUUGUUCGGAAAAUGUCAGGAAGGUACUCGUAAGCCCUAAAGAGCUUAAGAAUUUUGCCCUCCUGCCAGUAUGCUUUUAAAAAAGAGAGUUUCCGACUUCCCCCUCAUGCCUGAUCGUGUGGAGAAGAUGACCUGUGGAAAUGCUUCACCACUCCACUCAAAAUCCACGGUGAUUCCUCCACUUGCCAAAAGUAAUGGAAGGAAAGAGUAUUCAUAAGACUUGCUUCUCUGAGCAUUUGUCUUUUGAAAAAAAAAUCGUUUUAAUAUAAAUUUUGUAUAAGAUGAUUUAAAAUGCAUAGAAAACGGAGCAAAGCUAUGUCAUCUGAUGUGUAACUAAGGUAGACAAUAUAAUUCAAUCGAUGUUAGAAACUGAAAUCAUGUCUUUGUUCUGAUUGUUCUCUCUUGUUGUUAAAACGCAAAGGAAUUUGGAAAUAUUUAUACCAACGACGUCCUUGGGUGUAAAGCUAUGUCAGUAAGUGGCAUAAGCAUUUUGCAGUUUCUGAUCUGUUGAAAUGUAUGCAUUCCAGUCUAAUUGGGUCUGUUUUUAGCCUGAUUUGGUGUGAAUAAUCAAGUAGAAAAUCUAAACUUGCAUAAUAUGUAAUGAGCAACCGCCUUUCACUGGUCUGGGUAAAUCAUUGCAAAGGUAUCUAUUU